CUCUAUUCGCAUCUUUAAAUUCCACAGUAGGCACGCACGCAACGCAAUAGGAAAAGCAUUAUAUAUAUAGAUCACAAGAAAGAAGAAGGGAUUUGGAUUUGAUAUAUAAAUGAAGUGUCAGAAACACGUACCGGAUUCAACCAGCGACAUCGGCGUUUGUGCCACUUGCCUCCGGGAGCGCCUCCAAGUCAUUCUUGCGGCCCAAACCCAAGCCCAGGCCCAAACAGAGGACGAAGACGAGGACCAACCAGCAGAAGCUCUCGCAUCUUCAGACCACAGCAACAACCAAUCGGAAAAGAACGCCGACGAGAAGAAAAACCCUCCGCCGAUCAAUGCUAACGACUUCGUCGGGCGAAAGGACAAUGACAACGACAAGGUAAUCUACAGCACGCCGCAGGUCGGACCGCCAUUCUCCGUAACCGCCACGGAAUGCGACGGCAAAACGCCGAAGAGGAAGUUCGGAAGGUUCUGGAACCCUACGAGCCUAUUCAGGACGAAAUCGAACAUGACGGAAAACUCAAAUCGGGAAUUGACAACGACGUAUCGAUCGUGGAUGUCAAUGAUCUUCCACGUCAGAUGGAAGAACAACGGCGGUGGCGCCUCGAAUUUCCGGCAAUCUGAUCGAGAAUCGGAGGAUUUCAGCAGCGAAAUCGACGGACAUGAUCGGUCGUCUUCCACGGAGAGCAGAAUCUCUCGGGAAACAUCUCCGAAAGGCCGGAAUCAGGCAGCGCCAGCACCUACGCGACGGUCGCGAUCGUUACAGGCAGGGAAGAGAGUGUUUAACUGGAGGUUAUGCUUGAGCCCGAUGGUUAGGGCAAAUUCGAACCAGCACUUGGUUCAUAACCAUAAAGGAACACUUCAAGAAACCGGUGCAUCCGUGGGUGGUGGGGCCCAGAAAAUUAGAUUUAUCUCGGCAGCGUCCUUUAGCUGCAGCCGAUCAAAGAAGCUUGCGGAUUUCGGAAGAGUCCAUCGCAACCAUUGA